AUGGAAAAAUACAGCCAAUUUCGCGACAGAGCAACGGGCAUUGCGCCGUUUCUUCCCGUCUCGACGCCCGUAUCAGCGCUUGCGACAUUCACACACGCCGCUCUUUUCCUCUUCCGCCUCCCAUUCUUCAUCGCUUACUUCCUCGGCUACUUCCUCUUCUUCCACUUCCUCCCGCUGCCAGUUAUCUUUCGAAAGGUUGCACUAUGGGGAUUGAUGGCCAUACCGGGAAUAUGGUGGGUUGACCUUCAGCUCGACGGUGUCAAACGUGGCACCCUUGCCGACCAACCCCGCGAGCGUUUCCCGCACCCUGGCUCAGUUAUCGCUGCCAACUUCUCGAGCCCUAUCGAUGCUAUCUACCUCGCUGCUAUCUUCGACCCAAUCUUCACCAUUUCGUACCCCGAUACUCGCAAGGUCCAGCGUGUGAGCUUGCUGGGUGCUGUGCUGGCAGCUCUCUCGCCUGUGAAGACUGGCCCCCCUAAAAAUGCGAAAUUAGUCGAGAUCAAGGAUCUUCUAGACAGCAACCCUGGACAGAUCGUUGCUGUUUUCCCCGAAUGUGGUACCACCAAUGGCAAGGCUAUUCUGCCUUUCAGCCCGAGUAUCCUUCAGACUCCUGCCGACGUCCAUAUCUUCCCUGUUAGCAUUCGAUACACGCCCUCCGACAUCACGACACCAGUGCCUGGAAAGUGGUUCCGCUUCUUGUGGGAUCUCCUCUCUCGACCAACGACGUGUAUUCGCGUGCGCAUUGCUGAAGGCCAGAUCAACACCUCUGCCGCCAAGACGAACGGUGUAACACCUUCCUCAUCCGAGCUACGCAACCGUGGUGAUGCUAGUUCCAGUGUCUCCCCAGACGAGCAGCGUGUUCUUGAUCGAGUAGGCGAGGCACUCGCCAGACUAAGCCGUGUCAAGCGGGUUGGCCUUACAAUGAAGGAUAAGGCAGCUUUCGUGGACGCUUUGAACGGAAAGAAAUAA